CUCUACAGUGAUGCCUGCCGACUUGCAGGCUUAAAUAAUCGAGCUCGGAGCUACAGAUGCCGUUUUGAAAGAAACAGCGCGAAUUCCCCGAGUUUUCAAUUAAUGGCUAAAGUCAAGCUCCUGCUAUAGUUCACAGUUUCUCAUAGAAAGACGGUCGCGGAAACAUCACCGUGGCAAAAUUAAAUAACAGCUAUGACCACAAAGAAAUUGGCGAAGGAAUUAGGAUUGUUGAGACAGCGGAGCAAGUCCUCUGUGUCGAAGAAAUCUGUGGUAUCAAAUCAAAUAUUUUCUUAUCUGAUUGUGAUCGACUUUGAGUCCACUUGCUGGAGAGAGAAAAACAACCGCAGCCAAGAAAUUAUCGAGUUUCCUGCUGUUCUGCUGAACACGUCCACGGGGGAGAUGGAGUCUGAAUUUCACACUUAUGUUCAACCCCAGGAGCACCCCAUCCUGUCUGACUUCUGCACUGAGCUGACUGGGAUUACACAGAUGCAGGUUGAAGCAGGGAUCCCGCUUCAGAUCUGUCUCUCGCGGUUCAGCCGUUGGCUCCAAAACCUUCAGCUCGAAAUGGGAGUGGCCUUUGCCAACAAAGACCAGAGAUGUUCGGGACCAUCUCAAAAGCUGUGUACUUUCCUCACGUGGUCAGACUGGGAUCUUGGAGUUUGUCUGCAGUACGAGUGUAAACGCAAACAGCUUCAUAAACCUGAUGUUCUCAACAGCUGGAUAGACCUGAGAAGCACAUACCGGCUUUUUUACAACAGGAAACCCAAAGGCCUGAAUGGAGCUCUUCAGGAUCUCGGAAUACAGUUUUCGGGCAGAGAACAUUCUGGUUUAGAUGAUGCCCGAAACACAGCUCAGCUGGCAGCAAGAAUGAUGAGGGAUGGGUGCAUAAUGAAGGUUACUAGGAGCCUGGAGAGGGUGAGUGGCCAGCCGAUGUCGCCCUUAACGAACCCCAACUCUGGAAAUCCUAGCAUCCCUCAUCAUCUUCCAAAUUUAAAAGCUCUGUGAAGAUAAUAAUAUAAAGGAAAUUUGCUCUGUGCAAAAACAUUUUGAUUGUGGACAUUUUUUUAAAAAUGUUGUACUGA